AUGGCGUCAUCAACUCUUACCUCCAAAUCAAACCCAAAGAGGCCCACUGGCCGAGUCCCAUCGCACCGCACUCGCACAUCCUUGGACCUGCCCGAGCGAUACAGGAACAUGUAUAUCGACGAUGAUGGAGAUGAUGGUACCUGCGAUGGCGAGGCCUUUCCACAGCAAAGUAUCUAUGGAAUGCUGGCUGCUACGCAGUCCAAGGCAAAUCACCCGAGUCGACUUCAACAAGACAGCGGAAGCGAAAGUGAGAGCGAGCGUGAGCAUGUGAAAACCCAGGCUCGGGCCAGUGAAGAUAGCAUCAAGAAGAGCAGGGUCAAACAAGCGGAGCGGAGGCAUGAUCGAGACAAGGCGGCAUACAAACAACCCAACAAGCUUGCGAAGAGUGUCAUGGCACCAGUCAAGGAUCGGACAGACUCGUUAGGUCAAGAUCCGAUGACACAAUCGCAGUUCUUACCUCCUCGCGAGCAAACCUCACCGUCUAUCGAGCGGCCAGCUUCCGUGCCGACCGACAAGCCGUUUCGCAAAGACUCGCCCAUCCUCGACCGCAAACUUCAGGCCAUGGCGCGAGCUGCAGAAAUGGACGCCAGAACCGCAGCGGCAUCUGGCAGCAGAAAGAGCAUGGAAGAAGGACGCAAACAAGAAGCAUCACAGUCCCCUGCACAGGUGGUCGCUACCAUUUUCAAGUUCGACGAGCCUGAGGAGGUCCAUGCGCGGUUCUCCUGUUGGUACCUCCAGAAUGUGCUCCUUGAGGGUGACUUGUUCGUCACGGCAAAGCAUGUAUGCUUUUACUGCUAUCUGGGCACGAAGGACAAUACCGCUAUUAAAGCUGGACCGUUGAGCAAGCGCGGAAAACAUAGCUUCACCUACUACCCUUACCACUUUGUUCUCCAAGGAGAUAUGUUUUGUUACUACAGAAGCGCUGCCGAGCCGUACUCACCGCGCGGUCUCGUUGACCUUCGGUUGGCCAUCGCUGCAGAGAUAACCGAUGAGGAACAUGGUGGCGACGGCACAUACUUUACCGUCACGACAAACGACAGGGUCUACGAAUACCGCGCGGACACACCCUCUUCGGCAAAAGAGUGGGUGAAGACAUUGCGUGAUGUCAUCUUCAGGAGAAACAACGCAGGACACUCCGUCAAGAUCACGAUUCUAAUCAAGGAUAUUGUCGAUGUGGAGCAGACCGAUCUAUUGGAAGGCGCCGAGAUGGUCAAGCUGCGCGUCAUGACCAGCGACGAUACAUUUGCUCUCGACGAGUAUUUCUUCUCCUUCUUGGAACAGGAGAGUGCAGCUGUUGAGACCUUGAAGUCGUUGGUUCAGGUCAGCGAUGACAAGAAACCAGACACUAUUGGAGAGGACAUGGCCCAGCCGGAGUUGUCUUCGAAGACAAAGGCGAUAGUUGGCUCUCCAAAUGCUAAGUCUGCCGCGCGCCACAUACCCUCAAGCUCCAACCGGAACCUGAGGAACAGCGUCUCUAGUAACGAGGCGCAACGACCGUCAGAAUCGCCUGGGCCAGAGUCCAUGGAGGACUCCACGGAAAGCUUCGUCACGUCUUCAGAGCAUCCAAGUGAUUCUGCGAAUGAAGAGUCCGUAGACGCUCACAUGUCUGCAAGCCAGAUGCUCUUUGAUGAUGGCAUGUUCCAGCGACCGACAUUGAGACGCCCUCAGCCGCACCCUGUCGAAGAACACGAAGAUGAAUCAGACGACUCUUCUCGCGCGCCAAGCACAGAUCGUGCCCGUUUUCAGCCCUCUACGCGCCAAGCGGGCGACGGGACGAUCGAAGUGAACCAGGAUCUCAAACACCGGGCGAGCGGCGAACCUGGCAAGACUGCCAGUGCAGCAACAGACCCGAAUGCCCAAUUGGCCCAGCGGUCUUCUCGUGGCAGCCUUGUACGCGGAAUAUCCACGCCUAUCACGACUGUCGCAGGCAUGGUUCGAUCGUCUGGUAAAGCAAUGAGCUCGUAUCUCAGCAGUAGCCCGGGAAGCUAUGUGAGCAAUUGGUCGGCUGCAAUGGCGGGAGGAAAGCGGCACUAUACUGAUGCUGAAGGUCUGGCGCCAGACGACAGCGUUCGUGACCCCGAUCAAGAGGGAGAUGUGGCUGCCCACGAGCAAAGUUUCCGAGCUCACUUUGCGUUGCCUGAAACAGAGAAGUUGGUUUCGGUUUUCUUCUGCUGGCUACAUCGGACGAUCCCGAUCUGGGGCAAGAUUUAUAUGGGCACGCGGCACUUCUGUUUUCGCAGUUUGUGGUACGGGACCAAAACAAAGAUUGUUCUCCCUUACAAAGACAUUAUCAACGCGCAGAAGUCGAGGGGAUUUCGCUGGGGCUCUCAGGGCAUGGUGCUCGUGAUUCGUGGUCACGAGGAGCUCUUCUUCGACUUCGCCGAAGGACUGCGUGACGAUGCCACUGUCCUCGUGCUGAAGGCUGUUGAGAAGGCUGCGGAGGCGAUUGAGCCUACGACACUAACCACGGAAGAGACAGAAAUUGCCGAUGCCGCUGCCGCUGAAAACUGCUUGCUGCAAAAUCUUAAGAAGGGUGGAUGUGCUAACGAAGACGUUCAGUUGCCAGGAGACCCAGACAACGACAGAUUUGCGCCUGGACGCGUCAUCAUCGACGAAAAAGAAACAGGAACGGUCGAAUGGAAACCCAAGAAGCCGCUGCGGAUCACCUGUCUCACCAUUGGCACGCGAGGAGACGUGCAACCAUAUGUCGCGCUUUGCAAAGGCUUGCAAGCAGAAGGCCACAGACCCAGAAUUGCAACGCACGCCGAGUUCAAAGGAUUCGUGGAAGAGCACGGAAUUGAGUUCGCAGAGGUGGCUGGUGAUCCUGCCGUCUUGAUGAAGCUAUGCGUUGAGAACGGCAUGUUCUCGCCCAAAUUCUUCAUUGAGGUCAACUCAAAGUUUCGAGGCUGGCUACAAGAGCUACUAGAGACGGCAUGGGAGGGUUGCCAGGGCUCAGACGUCCUCAUUGAGAGUCCGUCUGCGAUGUGCGGAAUACACAUUGCUGAAGCGCUGCAAAUACCUUACUUCCGCGCCUUCACCAUGCCGUGGACGAGGACCCGUGCCUACCCUCAUGCGUUCUCUGUUCCAGCGGCCAAUAUCAAGCGAGGAGGCAACUAUAAUUAUAUGACGUACACGUUUUUCGACAACAUCUUUUGGGGCAUGACAGCAAGCCAGGUCAAUAAGUGGCGCGCCAAGACGCUGGGCUUGGGACCAACGGGCUUGGACAGGAUGGAGCAGAACAAGGUGCCGUUCUUGUAUAACUUCUCAUCGCACGUCGUUCCCCCGCCACUGGACUUCAGCCCUUGGAUCCACGUCACUGGAUACUGGUUCUUGGACACCAGCAAAGACUACCAGCCGCCAGAGGAUCUGGCUGCUUUCAUCAAGAAGUCCAAGGAUCAGAAGCGGAGAAUUGUUUACAUCGGUUUUGGAUCCGUCACUGUUCAGGAUUCAAAGUUGCUCAUGCAGCAGAUCGUGGCCGCUGUCAAGGACGCUGACAUUGACUGUGUACUCGCUAAGGGUUGGUCUGACCGAAUGGACAAGGAUAAGGAUCAAGGAGACGAAGUUGAACUCCCAGCCUGUGUGUUCCGUAUCAAGGCUGCACCUCACGAUUGGCUCUUUGCGCAGAUGGAUGCCGUGGUCCACCAUGGCGGCGCUGGCACCACAGGUGCAUCGCUCCGUGCUGGAGUUCCAACACUGAUUCGGCCGUUCUUCGGCGAUCAAUUCUUCUUCGCCUCCCGUGUUGACGAUCUGGGCGUGGGCAAGUGGCUUCACAAGCUCACAGCGAAGGCUCUCAGCAGAGACUUGUGGAUAGCAACCCAUGAUCAGCGCAUGCGCAAAAAGGCUGCGGCUCUCGGUGAAGCAAUUCGCGCUCAAGAUGGCGUAAAACAGGCGAUCAAUGCAUUGUAUGGGGAGAUGCCACGGGCCAUGGCCAAUAUCAAGAAGUCUGGCAAGAAGAAGUCGAAGCUUGCUGCUUCUUCGACCGACGGCAGCGAGGACAUGCAAGUCUCGGACACGGAGGAGAACUGGACUUUCUUGGACAGCAGCGGGAUGGAGGUUGGGGAUGUCGAGCCUGCUCUUGACAAGGUUGCUGCUGCUGCUACCACGACUGACGUCGGUCCGGCGGACAAGAGCAAAGGCAAGCAGUCUGCUGCUCCUUCUUCUGGACCGACGAAGAUGAUGAGAGGACGUGGUUGA